AUAGCAAUUAAUUUUAAAUGGUCAUGAAAGUCCCCCUCAACCCCCCUCCUCCCACCUCCCCAACCCCCUGCACACCGCUAUGGCGAAAUGGACCCCCAGAUAAGCCAGUUUUGUGCAAUGCCUGUGGAUCAAGGUAUAGACUAAGGAAAUCCCUGGAUAACUAUACUCCCAGGAAUGCUCAAGCCAUCCGGAGAAAGAGAACAAUACCAAUCAUCCCCAGACCCAAGAUCAUUAUUGAAGAAGAGAAUCUCUCAAGCAACAAUACUUGCUACUCAUUGGGGUCAGAUGGUUCGACAAGCAUCAUCAAAUCAAGUGCAGAGUCCUUUUCAAAUGAAACCUUUUGCUUAACGAGGCAAAUUGAGCCAAGUACAAACUUUUGGGAUUCUCAAAUUCCUUCAAGAAAGAGGAGGGAAGUUGUGAACAAUAAUGGUCUUUCAUUCGAUAUUGAGACACUUCAAAAUGACCUUUACAAUCUUCAGAAAGGUGAAGAUCAAACUCAUGAGGAUGUGCUCAUCUAUGAAAAGAAUAUGCUGCUAAUUCCUCCUACUGAAAUAGGCCUUGGAAGCAUUCUUCUCAAGCAGACCCAGGUUUCUUCUAAAGAUAAAAAGUAGCAUUUUUUCUGAAAAAAAAAAGAAGUAACAUUGUUGAUGCAAUUAUUUUUGUAGUAAAGAAAGAUUGUUAUGACAUAUUUAUCUGCCUUUCUGAGAAUCACAUGUUUCUCUUGGAGAGAAAAACAAUACAUUGUGAUAUUUUCUUUAGAAGAUAUAUAUAAAUUGUAAUGAAUUAAUGUGAUAGUG